AAAUAGAAGUCUGUGGCUUUGGCCCUUUGUUGCUUUUUGAUGAUAUAUACCAUUAAUUGGGGUUGAGAAUCAAGCAACAAACUUUGCACUGUAUGCCUUUCAGCAUUUUUAGUCCUCUCUCUCUCUUACACACAUCACAUUUGUGUCUUUCCUUUUUAGCUUCAGUAGUCACUUUGCUCUCACCUGCAACCAAGGUUUUUUCUAAAUUUGGUUGAAUUAAGAAGAUGGUGAGAGGGAAGACUCAGCUGAGGCGUAUAGAGAACGCCACAAGCAGGCAAGUCACUUUCUCAAAGCGCAGAAAUGGUUUGCUCAAGAAAGCUUUUGAACUUUCUGUUCUUUGUGAUGCUGAGGUUGGAUUGGUUAUUUUUUCUCCAAGAGGAAAACUCUAUGAAUUUACUAGCUCAAGCAUGCAGGAGAUAAUCGAACGCUAUAAGAGGCAUACUAAAGACAAAGUUCAACAUGAAAAUCAAUCUGCGGAAGUGAAUAUGCAGCAUACGAAGCAUGAGACAGCAAGUUUGAUGAAGAAGAUAGAGCUCCUUGAAUCAUCUAAAAGGAAGCUCCUCUUGGGAGAAGGUUUGGGGUCGUGCAGCCUUGAAGCAGUACAGCAAAUAGAGAAACAGUUGGAGCGCAGUCUCAGCAUCAUCCGGGCUCGAAAGAUGCAAGUCUUUAGGGAACAGAUGGAAAGAUUGAAAGAAAAGGAGAAAGCCCUUGCAGCUGAAAAUGCAAUGCUGAGGGAGAAGUUUGGAGGGCUUCAACAGAGACAAAAAUCAAGUGGGGAGAAGGAUGGAGAAGGCGGUAGCGAUAAAUCAGAUGUGGAGACUGAAUUGUUUAUCGGACCACCUCAUGAAUCCAGAAUAAGGCGUCCCUAGCUGAAUUGAUCAUACAUCAACUAUCCCUUUUUUGCAGUUUAAAAAGAUGUAUAAAGUUUGAUCAAUCUGCUAAAUGAUUUUGCAUUCAAGCAAGCAAUAUAUAUGGUGUGUGUUUUCUCUCUUCAGAUGGAAUUUAACUUCGAUACCUUCUGAGAUGCAACUUGUGUACUUGGAAUGUAUAUUAAGUACAUUUCCUUUCAUAUUAUUAAAUAAUUAUAAUAGAGCUCUUUUCUU